AUGAUCCAUGAAACCUAUCGCAGCAGCCGGGCCACUUGGGAAUAUCUUGUAUUACUAGUUGCCACAGCACUCCAUCUGCAACAAAGUUCCGCCUUUACCACUCCCUGUCCACGACAUGUUCCAGCCGUAGUAAGAUGCGAAGACAAUGUCGAACUCGCCGCUGUGCCAAAGAAGAAACUGGAUUAUGAAAACUACUUUGAUGAUCUCGAAAAAGAAGAGGAAGAGCCACAAGAACCAGAACAACAGCCAUCACUACAAGAACAACUACAUGAUGUAUCAGCAGAACAUGAUUAUACUAUGGUCGGAGACACUGACACUACUUCCCCAUCAUCACUGUCAUUGGACAAGAUUCAUCGAGCCAUUGCGGCACGCCGCAGUUAUCAACGAAAACGAGACUUUCGCAAGGCCGAUCAAAUAUUGAGCGCAUUGAAUCGAGGUGGGGUAUUUCUCCACGACAAACGACGGGAAUGGAGAGGCGAUGGCGUCAAUUCGUUUGGAAGUACGAAACGUGACGUACACUACGUUAGACGAGGUGGAAAUUGGGACAAUUACACCAACGAAGAAAUAGACCAUAUUCAAUCUCUUAUUCAACAACGACGACAGUGCAAACACAAACGACAAUUUGAGCGCGCCGAUGCAUUGGAAGCGGAACUCAAGGUUGAGUACAACGUACAAAUAGACGAUGACCGACUCGAGUGGUCCUUUGCUUCACAACAACAACACGACUAUGUCCACACACCCUUAGUGGACGAACAGGAUAAUGAUCUCGAUGCGGACACACACGACAAGAUCCAACAAUUGGUAAGAGAACGAAGUCUGGCUCGCGCCAACAAGGAUUUCCGUCAAGCCGAUACAUUGAGGGACACGCUUUUGGAGCAGUAUUCGGUCGUCAUGGAUGAUCGGACCAAGGAAUGGAAAGUGGUGCUAGAUUGGAAAGAGGAAUAUUGCAACGACCCCUUUGUAGUCGAUGCCAGAUCGUCUCAACGAUCCGCGUUUGCCCAAAGCAGGGAUCAUCAUGGAACUAAUAGCAAGAAAACUAACAAAAGGGACGAGGAUCUUGGGGAUGAUGAUAUGGACGCACUCUCGGCUGCAGUGGAUGCCGUUUUUGCAGAAAGAGAGGUUGCCGUAGAAGAGUUCCACCAGGACGUAGAGCAAGACGAGGAGCAAACGAAUGAGGGUGGUCAAGUAGAAGGACGUUAUGCUUCAGUAGAUGAAAUAAUUGCCCAAGAAUUCGCUGCAGAUGACUCCCAGCAAAUAGAGGAAGAGGAGGAGCAAACGAAUGAUGAAGUAGUAGGGGCAGUGGCUUUGGCUGCAGACGAGUCGGAGGAAGCAAUGAUAGAGGAGGAGCAAACGAUUGAUGAGGACAUUGAAGAACUCUCUGCCGAGGUUGAUGCGGCUUUGGCAGAAGAAUUUGCCUCAGACAACGAACAAGGCCGUCCAAUCGUGCAAGUACUGGAGGAAGACGAAGCGUCUCUAAAGGCUUUGACCGUACCAGUGCUCAAGGAAAAGUUGCGGUUGCAGGGACUUCCAGUGAGCGGUCGCAAAGCAGAUCUUAUUGAUCGGUUGCUUUCCAAUUAA